GAUCCCCACGCCGCCGAUUACUAGUACUUGGUAAUAAGCCGGAAAAUCAUGCGGCUCUGUUGUCUGGUGAAACCCAGUUGUUUGGAACGCGUUUAUAUUUGCUUUGUUUGUAGUAGAUUCAUUCGCGUAAAUAAAUAAAAAAUCAAUGCCCUUUCAAAUUUAAAAAAGUAAAAUAUAUUUGUGUCCGUGUCCCCCUAUUAUGAAUGAUUUGGAUUUCUCCCUUACACGCCGCUUACUUCUGAUUGUUAUAGUUUUGGUCAUUAUAUUGUUUAUAAAACAAAAAUUGUCGGAGUACGAAUAAAGAGUUUCGAAGAAACAUUGACUGGAUUGAUUGGAGACUGGGACAAAUAUGACAAGCGCUAGCAAAAGACGUGUUUCCUAUUUUUAUAAUCCCGAUGUGGGAAAUUUCCACUAUGGCCCAGGACAUCCAAUGAAACCACAUCGACUCUCGGUGACACAUAGUUUGGUUAUGAACUACGGGCUGCACAAGAAAAUGAAAAUAUAUCGACCCUACAAGGCCAGUGCACAGGACAUGUUAAGAUUCCACAGUGAGGAGUAUAUAGAAUUCUUACAACAGGUUACGCCUCAAAAUAUCCACUGUAAUUCGGUUGGCUACACGAAAUACUUGUCUCACUUUAGUGUGGGCGAAGACUGUCCCGUGUUCGAUGGUCUCUUCGAGUUCUGUUCAAUGUACACGGGUGCAUCCUUAGAGGGUGCCCAGAAACUUAAUCACAAUCAUAGCGACAUUUGCAUCAACUGGUCGGGCGGUUUGCAUCACGCCAAGAAAUUUGAAGCCUCAGGAUUCUGUUAUGUUAAUGAUAUAGUAAUUGGAAUAUUGGAACUUCUAAAGUAUAAUCCACGUGUUCUUUACAUUGACAUAGAUGUACAUCACGGCGAUGGAGUACAAGAGGCGUUCUACCUCACCGAUCGUGUAAUGACUGUUUCAUUCCAUAAAUAUGGCAACUAUUUCUUUCCCGGAACGGGAGAUAUGUACGAAAUUGGUUCCGAAUCAGGACGAUAUUAUAGUGUAAAUGUGCCCCUGAAAGAGGGAAUAGACGAUCAAAGCUAUUUUCAGGUGUUCAAACCAAUUAUAUCCGCAGUUAUGGAUUUCUAUAGACCCACCGCAAUUGUUUUACAAUGUGGCGCUGAUUCAUUGGCUGGGGAUCGUUUAGGUUGUUUCUCUUUAAGUACACGGGGACAUGGAGCAUGUGUUGAAUUUGUCAAGACAUUUAAUGUUCCAACUUUGGUUGUUGGUGGUGGCGGCUAUACACUUCGCAACGUUGCCCGGUGUUGGACGCAUGAAACCUCAUUGUUGGUAGACGAACCGAUAAGCAACGAAUUACCCAUGACAGAAUAUUUGGAAUUCUUUGCACCAGACUUUUCAUUGCAUCCGGAUGUGAAUUCCCGACAAGAAAAUGCAAAUUCCAAACAAUACUUGGAGGCGAUUGUAAAACAUGUUUAUGAAAAUCUUAAAAUGUGUCAAAAUUCCCCAAGUGUACAAAUGAUUCAGGUACCGCCCGAUGUAGUCGAUAUGGAGGAGUUGCGCAACAUAAAAGAAGAGAAAGAAGAUCCUGAUGUUCGGACAACCCAAGCAGAGGAAGAUAAAAUGGUUGAACCUAAAAAUGAAUUCUAUGAUGGUGAUCAGGAUCAAGAUCGUGGAGAGAGCAAUGCAGACAGUUAAGUAAAUAUGUAAUUUCUAGUUUAAUGUUUACGUUAAGAGUUAAAAACUUCGGCCGUAAUUGAUGUCUUAUAAUUUAUUGAUAAGAAAAAAAUAUAUACAUAUACAAAUAAUAAAAAAUCUUUAAAACAGA